AGACAGGCUGGAAAGUCUUGCAACACCUGGCAUCAGAGGCAAUGGCAACGGCAGCGGUGCUGGCUCUGGGUGAGCAGCGGCAGGGUGCCUGCCCGGGGAUCCUCUGGGCACUUCUCCCGGGGCUGGCUCUGGCUGAGCAGUGCUGUGUUUCAUGUUGCAGACACACAUGACGUUUAGAGACGUGGCUGUGGAUUUCACGCAGGAGGAGUGGAGCCUGCUGAGUCCUGCCCAGAGAACGCUGUACAAGGAGGUGAUGCUGGAGAACUAUAGCAACUUGGUGUCCCUGGGAAUUUCGUUUUCGAAACCCAAACUCAUCACUCAGCUGGAGCAAGGGAAGGAGACGUGGAAAGAGAACAGACCGUGUCCACUGGCCGCCUGUGCAGAACCAAAACCAGAACUCAGCCUUGGUCCUUGUUGCCCUCCCGGUCUCUCCAGUCAGAACUUCCCCAUGCAACACCCACUGGGUGAUCCUCCCCGCUGGAUCUUCUCAUGCUUGUGCGCAGAGACACACGCCGCCGAGCCUGGCAUCGAGCUGGGGGAGCCGGCCCCUGGGGAGCAGGAGCUGCAGCAAGCCUCUGAUGGACGCAUCUGGAGCAAUAGAGCAGACGGUCACGGGAGACAGCGCACCAGGCCUUUGGUUGGAAAGACAAAGAAGAAGGCUUUGGGAGCAUGUUCCAGGCCACCCCAAGGGCAGCUGGUCAGCUCUCAGAGUGGCACUGGAAGGGAAGAGGCUGAGGCCAGUGCCUCUGAGCCAGGAAACCCGGAGGAAACAAACAGAUUGUUGGAAAGGAUCGAAGUCUUGGGAUUUGGAACAGUCAACUGUGGAGAGUGUGGGCUGGGCUUCAGCAAGCUGGCAAACCUGCUGAGUCAUCAGAGGAUACACUCAGGGGAGAAACCCUAUGUGUGUGGCGUGUGCGAGAAGGGCUUCAGUCUGAAGAAGAGCCUUGCCAGGCACCAGAAGGCACACUCGGGGGAGAAACCCAUCGUGUGCAGGGAGUGCGGGCGAGGGUUUAACCGGAAGUCAACGCUCAUCAUCCACGAGAGGACGCACUCUGGCGAGAAGCCUUACACGUGCACUGAGUGUGGGCGGGGCUUCAGUCAGAAGUCCAACCUCAUCAUACACCAGAGGACACACUCGGGGGAGAAACCGUACGUGUGCCGUGAAUGUGGCAAAGGCUUUAGCCAGAAGUCGGCUGUCGUCCGACACCAGAGGACACACUUGGAGGAGAAGACCAUUGUGUGCAGUGACUGUGGCCUGGGUUUCAGUGACAGAUCCAACCUCAUCUCCCACCAGAGGACACACUCGGGUGAGAAGCCCUACGCCUGCAAGGAGUGCGGGCGUUGUUUUAGGCAAAGGACAACCCUUGUUAACCACCAGAGGACGCACUCCAAGGAGAAGCCCUAUGUGUGCGGAGUGUGUGGGCACAGCUUUAGCCAGAAUUCAACCCUCAUCUCUCACCGGAGGACACACACAGGGGAGAAGCCAUACGUGUGUGGGGUGUGCGGGCGAGGCUUCAGUCUGAAGUCCCACCUCAACAGACACCAGAACAUACAUUCUGGGCAGAAGCCCAUCGUGUGCAAGGACUGUGGCCGAGGCUUCAGCCAGCAGUCCAAUCUCAUCAGACACCAGAGGACACACUCAGGGGAGAAGCCCAUGGUGUGUAAGGAGUGUGGGCGUGGCUUCAGUCAGAAGUCCAACCUCCUCGCACACCAGAGGACACACUCGGGGGAGAAGCCAUACGUGUGCCGCGAGUGCGGGCGGGGCUUCAGUCACCAGGCUGGUCUCAUCAGGCACAGGAGGAAACACGCAAGGGAGAAGCCCUACACGUGCAGGCAGUGUGGACUAGGCUUUGGCAAUAAGUCAGCUUUAAUCACACAUAAGCGGGUCCACUCAGAAGAGAAACCUUGCGUGGGUGGCGAGUGUGGCCAAAGCUUUAUCCCCAAGUCCCAAGUCACCUUACAUCGACUGGCACACAAGGGGGAGAAGCCUCACAUGUGCAAGGUGUGCAGGCAGGGCUUUAGCCAGAAGUCUCACCUCCGCAAACACCGGAAGAUCAAGGCCGUCCACCACAAAGCACCACUGCGCCCUGCCUCUGAGGCCCACGCAGGGCAGCCUGCUGGUCCCCCGUACUCUCUUUGAAAAGUAGAGGUGGCAGUGAGGACCAGCUGCCCACAUGUUUACACUUCCAGGAAACAUGCAAUGGAGUAGAAGAUUGCAUUCCAUACAUGUUCUAAGGACAUUGAACUUAAUUUACUUUCCCCACACGAAGUCUUCUGCACAUUGUGUGGCCUUUGGUUCUAAUAAAUCUUCCUUACGUAUCUGUAACCUUGACUGUAACCUCUCUCUUGUCUAUAAAGAUAGGAAAUAAGGAGUGACACAGGUACUCUGGGUGCUUCAAUGUCUGCUGUUCCACAAGAAUUCACUUUGGAAGAUGUAAGUGUUAAGUCAUUCAUAGACCCUUCUUGUGCAGGAGAGAAUCUGGGAGCGUAACACAGUGAUUUCAUUUGAGGGAGGGAAACCUUCCAGAAAAUGUGACUUUCUCUAGUUUUCCUGUGCAGCCUCAUUCCGCUUGGCUUCUGUGACAGCUCCCUUUGUUGCUUCUCUUUCUAGCCCUCCUGUUUUCUUUGCUCAGUCACCCGCCAACAACAACUACUACUUCUGUUGCAUUUCUUGGGCUUUGGUGUCUAGUUCUCCCAUCUUGGGACUCUAACCAAUACAUUGUCCGCAGAAGGCCAAUCCCAGAGCUUCUUAAGUCAGCUGUAAUCAAGCUAGCCGUAGUCUCAAGAGCUCUGGGUCUCCAUCAUAUCCAUACCAAACCACCAUGGAUAAUUCCCACCAACCCACAGCAAUGCUACCUCACUGGAACUCCAUUAACUAUAACAGUCUUUAGCCAUGUGUCCCUCUUAGCCCUCCAAUAAUGAAGAUCUUUGAAGCCACACUUCCAAAUCAGCCCUGUAGGGUUUAGGACUACAAGAGAUGCUUCCUUCUCAGGACCUAGCUUGAUGCCAACCAUUCAGUAACUGAUCUAAGGUCCCAGAGCCACAACCCUUAGAUUCCCGAAUCAGGCUGAAAUACUGCACCAUGUUGAAGGAGCCUUAACCUUAAUUCUCCAUUG